UGAAUUUGGUAAUACCCCACUUUUCAGUUUCUGCAGUUGAGUGAAAAUGAAGUUCUUGAUUGCAACAGCCGUUCUUCUUGGAAUUGUUUUGGCUCAGUCUCAAGCCAAUGAUAACAUCAAAAUUAACAACUCUGGGAAUGAAGGUGGCAGGGUUUCCCAAAAUGUUAAUAUCAAUAACCAGGACAAUAUCGCCACUAUUAACAAUUUGAACGGCUUGGACUCCUGGGAUUCCAUUUGUGAUUAUGGAGCAGGAUUUGCAGCUACCCGCCUGUUACACAAGCAAGCCUGUGUUAUCACCAAAAUCAACAAAGACUCCUUCCCCAGCCUGGCCCACCUGAGCGCCGUUGCGAAGGAUAAAAAGCAAUCAACUAAUACUGAACUGCGAACAUACACAGUCAACCCACGCCGUGUUUAUAACUUUGGCGUGUUUGGGCGGCACGUUGAGUCUAUGUGCAAGGGACUCCCUUCCUACACUGCUCAAGAGAUGCCUGAAUUCCAGAGAGGCUUUGGAUCUUGCUGUUCUUCGAGCAUCAUCACAAUUUUGGGUUUCAAUUUCUGUUUUUAAGCUUCGAUCACCCACUGGAUUGGAUUUUUUACUUGAAUCAUCAGUUGAAUCCUUGGUGUUUUGCUUUAUGUUAUAUUUAAUAAAAGUCUUUUGUUUGAGACUAA